ACCCAUCCUCUUCACAUCCAGACUACCCCAUGUACCACAGCAUGUAUGACAACUACCAUUGGAUGGCGACUAUCAUGGACCCUCUCUUCUCCCGCCAUCAAGCCACGGCUCAGCUCUGGGGCUCGCUUGCUCUCCGCCUGUCAGGGGAUGCUAUACUCCCCUUUAACUAUUCGAAAUAUGCUCUCCGGCUCAAGGUACUCUCUUCUCAGGGGGUCCUCUCUUCUCGCGCCAUUGCGCCACGGCUCAGCUCUGGGGCUCGCUUGCCCUCCGGCUUUCCAGCGACUCCGUUCUCCCUCUCAACUACUCCAAAUACGUGCUGAGGCUCAAGGUAAUGGGCUCUGGUGCUGGCUGCAAGCUGUGGCCGUACGCUCAAUGGUGGCGCAAUGGUGGCUCAAUGGUGGCGCAAUGGUGGCUCAAUGGUGGCGCAAUGGUGGCUCAAUGGUGGCGCAAUGGUGGCUCAAUGGUGGCGCAAUGGUGGCGCAAUGGUGGCGCAAUGGUGGCGCAAUGGUGGCGCAAUGGUGGCGCAAUGGUGGCGACCAUCAGCGACCCCCUCUCAUCCCUCCAUGAACGCCUCGUCGCAGCGCAGCACUGGGGCUUCCUUGCACUCCGGCUAUCAGGGGUCGCUAUACUCCCCUUCCAAUACCCCAAAUACGCGCUCAGGCUCAAGGACUACACCAGCGAGCUCCAGGCUUCGUUACAGUCACACGCAGCCCAGGAACACGUCUCAUUGGGUCCCAUCUGGGACGCCAUUGGCCAGAUGGAGAUUGCAGUGGGGGCGAUCACCAAUCAGAGCGCAGAGGCCAGUGCAGAAAGAGCGAGUGAAAUAGCAAGAUUAGCAGGCGAAACAGCAAGAGGAGAGGGAGCAGCAGCAGCAGGAGGAGGAGGAGGAGGAGGAGGAGGAGGAGGAGGAGGAGGAGGAGGAGGGGGCAUUCCUCCUCUGAGGGACGUCAAUGACCGCCUCAUGCUCGCUGAACAUGGCUUCCUGGAAGCUGCUGGUCUCGGGCCCGGCUACACGUGGUACCGGCACAUGGUGUAUGGUCCCAGCCGUGCCAACGACUAUGGGUCGGUGGCGUUCCCCUCUGUCUCAGAUGCGCUACAGGAUGCCCUGGGGGGAACGGACAGUGCACUGAAUACUGUGGAAAGGACAGAUGCACCAGAGUGGCGUUCUGUGCAGCGUGAGGUGUUUCGUGUGGCGAGAGCGAUUCAAAGGGUGGCCCGACAGCUUGCAGGAGACCUGAUCUGAUCUGAUCUAGUCUGAUCUGAUCUGAUGUGAUCUGAUCUGGUCUGAUAUGAUCUGGUUUGGUUUGGUUGAUCUCGAGUGGGAUAUCGGAAUGUAAUCUAUCUCAAUCUUUGUAGUCUGAUUUGCCACUGGCUGCUUUACUUACUGGUACCACACCCUUUGUAUAGUGUUACCCGUUCUCUUGCUGAAUACAAGAUGGUGGGUUGUAAGGGCGAGUUGAGGGAGGGGAAGCAAGCUGUUGUGAGAAUAUGC